AUGUGCAAAUCAUCCAACCUCCACUCAUUCCUCGCAGAGCUACCGAAAUGCGAGCAUCACCUCCAUCUCGAGGGCUGUCUUACACCAACCCUUCUCUUCAAACUGGCUACCAAGAAUGGAGUCACCCUCCCCAAGGAUGACCCCUCAUACGCGUCUCCAGAAGCUCUCGAAAAGCGAUACGAGCACUUUGACAAUCUCGAGGACUUUCUCCAAUGCCACUACCGCGCCAUGGCCGUACUUGUAACCCAGGACGAUUUCGAGACGCUCGGCUGGGAAUAUUUCACAGCAGCGCACCGUGACGGAGUCCGACACGCUGAGGUUUUCUUUGACCCUCAAUCGCACACAAGUCGUGGGGUACCAUUCAAGACGGUAGUUUCUGGCUUCCGCGCUGCUUGCGAUAGGGCUGAGAGUGAACUUGGCAUUACUGCUCGCCUCAUCAUGUGCUUCUUGAGACAUUUGCCAGUCAGUUCAGCAGCCGAGACAAUGAGAACAGCGAUGGAGCUUCAGUGCUUCAGCCCAAGCACCAGCUCGAAUGGGGAACCUGUUAUAUCUGGUCUCGGAUUGGACUCGUCUGAAGUUGGGUUUCGCCCGGAGCCAUUUGCUGAAAUGUUUCUUGAGGCCGAAAAGCUAGGUGUUCACCGCACGGCUCAUGGGGGCGAAGAAGGUGACCCUACAUACAUCAGCGGUGCUCUUGAUGGACUUCACGCUGAGCGUAUCGACCACGGUAUUCGGCUAAUUGAAGACAAGGCACUUAUGCGUCGGGUUGUAGCGGAAGGCGUUCUCCUAACAAUCUGCCCUCUGAGCAAUAUCUGUCUUCAGGUAGUGCAGGACGUAAGUCAGCUACCAUUGAGGGAGUUCAUCAAGUCUGGAGUUCGUUUCAGUCUCAAUAGUGAUGAUCCAGCUUAUUUCCGAGGGUUCGUCCUUAAUAACUACUGUGCAGUUCAAGAUGCGUUCAAUUUUGGCAUAUCGGAAUGGCAAACUAUUGCCGAGAACUCGAUCCAUGGAAGCUGGGUUGGCAAGAAGCGCAAGUCAGAGCUUAUGUGGGAGGUGGACCAGUGUGUACAGAAGUAUACAAAUGUUGCAUAG